AUGACCUGGGCUGACACCAAGCAACUGAUUGCCAAUAUCUGGCCUCCCAAAGCAACAUUUCUGCCAAAAGAUUACAAAGAUCUUAAAGGUCAGGUUGUGCUGAUUACUGGGGCUAACAGUGGAGUGGGAUAUGAGGCAGUGAAAUUGUUAAUUCCAACAGGUGCCAGAAUCUACAUUCUGUCCAGAAGUGCUGAACGUCUUGAAGCUGCCAUUGCAGAGUUGAAGAAGCAAUUUCCAGCCGCUGAUCUCCACUACAUUUUAGUUGAUUUCAACGACUUGACCACUGUUAAGGGAGCAGCAAAUUCGUUUCUGGCAAAAGAGUCCAGGCUGGACAUCCUGAUCCACAAUGCUGGAGUCAUGGCCCUGCCCACAGGUACUAAAACCAAACAGGGCUUCGAGGCCCACCUGGGUAUAAAUGUGAUGGGACCUACAUUGCUCCAGGAACUUCUCACUCCCAUUUUGUUCAAGACUGCUUCGGAGAUAAACACUACCCCCAAUGCCGUUAGGGUUCUGUUUCUUAACUCCACUGCUCAUGGUCAGUCCAGUCCGAAGGGAUUUGACUAUGACAAACUGGAAGAUUUGACAAGACCAUGGAUGCUCAACUAUGGUGACUCCAAGGCUGAGACAGGUAUCAUGAUACUGCAGUGGGCCAAGGCCCACCCCGCGGUGUCCGCCAAGAUUCCUGUUUUGCUUGUAGACCCUGGUUAUGCGAAAACUGGACUGCAGCAACACCUCAGCUGGUUCGAGGCAUUUUUCGUCAAUAUGCUGUUGAAUGACCCUAUAAUUUCUGGAUACACUGUGGCCUAUUGUGCCCUGAGCCCAGAUUUAACUGUCAAGAACACAGGUGACUACAUCAUUCCUCCUGGACGUAUUGGAAGAAUGAGAGACGACGUGAAGGAGUCAUGUACCAACGAGGACGGUAAGAAACUGAGACAGUGGAUUCUCGAGAGAGUACUUCCGUAUGCAUGA